AUAUCUGAUAUAUAUUUCUUCUGCACAAAACAACAACGGAUUAGCUGGACUCUUCCGUUUUUACAUAAUUUGUUUGUAUAGUUUACAUAGUUUACAUUUAUAAGAACAAAAUGCCAACUGUAAGAAUAGGGCCAAGUUAUACUUCCCUUCAACGAUACAAUGUAAAUGAUGAUAAAUAUCCUUUAUUCGUCAAUUCCUCUCAUUUUACCGGAUAUAUAACAGUAAGGCUGCAGGAUCAUCAUUACAAAAACGAUUUAGUUAAAAAAACUUGUCCCUAUUUUGAAAACCAUCGGAGAUUUUUUUCUUUUCAAUUUCAAGGACGUUUUAAACCAACGAAUCCUAACAGGGAUGAUCAUUUAUGGACCUUUGACGAUGUAAUGUUUUGCGCGGAAACUGAAUCAAGUGUUAAGCCUCCAAUGGGAUCUAAAUUUGCUGUUCAAUUCGCAAAAUUUAUUGAUCCUGGUUUUAACGCUGAUGAAAUUUUUAAGAAGAAGAGGCCUUGGGCUGGUAGUUGGGUUAUUUGUGGAAUGAAUAUUGUGAAAGUUUGGAAAGCUGAUUCCAAUAAUCAGUCAUUUGAUGAAAAAAGUGGUAAAAUUACAAGUGAUUCGAAACCAGCUCCGACUUUUAAUAAUCCUUCUCCAUCUUUGUUACCUAUUGAACCAUGGGUUUACUAUGGCAAACAUCAUCUCGAAGAGGAUACCAAACUCAUCUUUCCCGAUAAAAAUCUAAAUGCCUCGGAGCGUCGUAAAUAUUUCCUUGCCCCUUCCGUUCGUCAAUCUUAUGUCUUUGAUCCUUCUCAUAUUUAUAGUUGUGAUUUUUUUAACAACUUUACUAACUUUUCUACGAUGAAUGCAGAUAUGAUCAUUAAAUUUAGUAUGUCUAAAGUAUUAAACAAUCAACCAAUUAGAUUUGUUUGUAGAACCAAAGAUGGAGAUGCUAUUUUUUUUGUCAUAGAAAUUGAUUAUUCUGAUCUUUUAGAGUAACAAUUAUGAAAAUUUCAUGUGGGUCAGUGAUUUAUAUUUUUUAUAGAGUGUGGGUUUUUGAUAUUUUUUUAUUUUAUAUUGAAUAACAUUAUCAGUAUUAGUUGAUCAUAUCUUCAAUAAUAUCCAGUAAAAUUUCAUUUCUAGUAAUUUAAUUCGUUAUCUUUUCUUUUCUUAUUUUGUUUAUUAUAUUCAAUUACAUUCUCUGAUGCAUUCUUGUCAACUUUAGAAGAAAAAUAGUCCUCUAAAAAUAUAGUAGCCAAAUUCUUUACACAAACGCUAUCGCAUUGUAAUAAUUUAAUGAUUUCUUCCUUAACAUGUUCCGUUAGAAUAACUAACAAAUCAAAACAAUAUAUAUCAAUUAAAAUAUAAAAUUUUACAAUUGAAAAAUUGUGUAUUUAAAUUUUCGUUGGAUAAACAAUCA